AUGUCGGUCACCGAAGACCCCAAAGUUGAUCCCAUGUCGCCCACCUCCGACUCCAACCUGCCUUCGCAGUCCACAACCAUUGCCGUGCCGUCGUCAGAAACCCAGGAGCUUCCUAGUGCCGCCCCUCAUCCCGAUAACGCCCAGGCCGAGAGCCAAGAGUCCAGUUCGGUGGAUGCGAAGCCCACAGACAAUAAUGAGGACAAUACGUCAGCACCCGUUCCCAAGCAGGACCCUGUAGAUGCGGCUCCAUCUGCAAGCGCAUCUCCUGAACAACACGAUGAGGCGAAGGCUCCGGCAGCUGGCUCCGAGCCAUCGUCCCAGGGAUCAGAUGAGGCUGCCAAAGAGGAGGACACAGGCCCAUCCUUAGUGAUCACCCUGCUCUUGAUAACAGGCUCCCGACACCCGUUCAAGAUCGAUGGAAAGUAUCUACGGAAACGGUCGGUCAAUGUAGAGAAUUACGAUCCCUUCGCCAUGAGUGUAUACACGUUGAAGGAAUUGAUCUGGCGGGAAUGGCGCCAAGACUGGGAGCCGCGGCCAUCAUCGCCCAGCUCCAUCCGACUCAUCUCAUUCGGCAAGCUGCUUGAUGACAAAGCCCCGUUAUCAGACUCCAAGUUCAGCCGGGACGCUCCCAAUGUGGUUCACAUGACUGUGAAGCCCCAGGAGAUCGUUGACGAAGAAGACGCCAAGUCCAAACCCCAGUACACCCGGGAGCGGGAGACCAGUGAGCGUAGCCCUGGCUGUCGCUGCAUCAUCCAAUAA